AUGGCUUAUGCACAGCCUCCCAAAAAGACAGGACUUCCACGAGAAGUUCUGAAGUGGCUCCAAAGCCUGGAUUUGUCAUUUUCUCCGAAGAAUAUGCGCAGGGAUUUCUCCAAUGGCUACCUUGUGGCAGAGAUGUUCUCCUGGUAUUAUCAUGAAGACUUCCCCAUGCACUCCUACAACAAUGGGGCAUCACUUCCAACCAAACAGGGCAACUGGGCCCAAAUAGAGAGGUUUCUAGUGAAACAGAACAUCCAUCUGCAAAAGGAAGUUCUGGACGGGACCAUCCACUGCAAACCAGGAGCAGCGGAGCUUCUAGUGCAAGAGAUUUACACCAUCUUAACUAACAGGAGGAUCAAAGGGAUCCAUGACAGGGAGAUUGACUUCACAGACAGGGACUACCAGGACCAGCUGCCCAUGCUAGCUCGGGCCACAGCCUCCAAGGCCAUCAAGAACAACCUGCGGCUGACCGAGGUCAUAGCCGAGCCCAACAUCUCCACCAAUCAGAGGAAGGUGCAGGCCAUCAUCCACAUGCACCUGGAGCAGAGGGCGGCCGAGAGAGUCCAGAACCCCAAGCGCUUCAACGUGAAGCCCACCUUGGGAGAACUGGCCGUGAGACUGCCCCCAUCUUCUCAACACGGAGAUGACAGCUCCGAUAGCAACGCCUCAGUACAAAGUGGAACCGCAAAGUCAUGUGAACCAUCCAUCACGAGUAAAGCCAGUGUCCAUUUCAAGGAGAUUGAGGUGCGUCAGACGGACAGACGCUCGCUGAUUGCAAUUUAA